AUGUUCUACUAUGAUAGUCGCUACAAAGUCUGCCAGCCUUUCCAAUAUCGUGGAUGUGGAGGAAACUCGAAUCGCUUUGCCUCAGCAAAGGAAUGCAAGGAAGCGUGCCCUGCUGGAGGCAAGCAGGCCGCGAGCAAAGACGAAUCUGCAGGGGCUGCUCUGGCUGGCAGCGAUGCAGUUUUUGUGCCACGAGGAAAUUCUCACGACCAAUGGAUGAAGGCCGAAAAAUGUGGAUCGAACUAUUUGAUCCCUAACGCGCAAUAUAUUCGCCCAAAUCCUUCGUGUCCACCUAAUCAUGAGUUGAAGAACGGUGUCUGCUGCCCGACAAAAGGUUGGUUCUCAUUUCAAUUACAUUCUAAUAAAGGCUUAUUCAAAGGAAGGAUUCUGGGAAACGGGCAGGACACUUUCUCCCUGGUGGAACUCGAAACUUAG